AACUACUAUGCUAACCUUGGCGUCAGCAAAAAUGCGACUAUCGAAGAAAUCAAAUCCGCCUUCCGCCGCCUCGCAAAGGAGCAUCAUCCCGACAAAAAGGGUCCCAACCACGAUGGUGACUCGACCGAGUUUCGAAAGAUCCAUGAGGCGUACGAGAAGCUCUCCGACCCUGCGCUUCGCGCCGCGUACGAU